CCUAAAAUGGCUGCUCCCACUCAUGGCAGCGUGUUCUAGCUCACUGCAAACUACGUGAACUUCAGUUUAAAGGCGAGUCGGCGCAAAUACCUACGCUUUAGACGCCGUAUUUUCACGUUUUAUCCUUUAAUCAUGGGGACUCUUGGAAGGAGCGCCUCUACAUUUAUUACGAUGUGCAGCCACCACGUUCGGUCGGGAAUCUAUGUGCAGUCGGUGCGAUUUCGUCGAAAGGGUUUUGUAAGAACCGCUCAGAAGGUCAUCUAUCCGACUUCGGAAACAGAAGUUACGAAUGAACUGCCGGCGAGCGACAACGUUCCACGAUACGUCAAAUUGGGCAGCAAUGACGACGAAUUCGCAAACAUCAUGAUGCAACUGAAGAUGAAGCGAAAGAGGGAAAAGCUAAACAAGGUCCUCCUGGAAGGAAAGAGGCUAAUCACCGAUGCGUUGAAGGCCGGCGUUGAGUGCGAGAGCAUCUACUUCUCGCUCCCUGAAAACAUCGAAGGACUGCCUUUGGACACUCUAAGGGAGGACCAGAUAAAGAAGGUGUUUUACAAGAAGAUGAAAAUUUGGUCCGACAUGACGACAUGCCCUGGAAUAAUGGGUGUGUUCAAAAAGCCGUCCAUGGACCAGAUCGAGCUUCAAAGAUCAGGAGAUACAAUCCCUGUGAGCGUGAUUUUGGACAACGUUAGAGAUCCCGGAAACAUGGGAACACUGAUUCGAACUGCUGCAGCUGCAGGAUGUAGCCAGUUACUGCUUUCCAAAGGUUGCGUGGAUCCAUGGGAGCUGAAAGUGCUACGUGCUGGCGCUGGGUCACAUUUUCGAAUACCCAUAUACAAUGGCAUAGCUUGGGAAUACAUGCCAAGCUACGUGACCCCCGAGACACCAGUAUACUUAGCGGACCAUCGUAGUGAAGAACUUAUUGGGGCACGUAGAUCAUCUCCAGAGGUUGACGCCGAGCUGGACGAAGAAACCUCCGAUGACGAAGAAGAGGAAGUGUGCGGUGAGGGGUCUAGGUACAGGACAGUGACUGCAGAUGGGCAGAGGCUGACAGUGGACGAGUCGUACAGAGACAUGGACGAACUAGAAGACUGCAGAGAGAUCGGUGUGCCCCAUUACGAGUACACAGCUGUGAGGUACACCAACAAGCCAAGCGUUCUCGUGGUGGGAGGAGAAACGCAGGGCCUCAGCCUCCAGGCCCACAAGCUGGCCGUGGACUGUGAUGGUGCGAGAGUGCACGUGCCAGCGAACAACGGCGUCGACAGCUUGAACACGGCGAUUGCGGCGUCUAUCAUUCUGUACGAGAUGCGGAGACAAAUGCUCCUUUCGUCAUCCACCUCUGACCGCAAUAGCAAGGAAGAGAUGAACAGAAGCCGAAGCUCGCACAGACAUCGGUGAAAGUCGCAGACGACGUUGUGGGUGGAUGUGCCGUUGUUCGAGUAGAACCACAGGCUUAGCUUUGUAAACGCUACAGUGAUUGUCUUUUUCAUGCCGUAAAGGCCGAGCCCUACUUUCAAAGGACUUAUGAUGAACUUCAGAUAACGCAAACAUUGAACAACUGCAUCACUGUCACACAGUAGUAGUCACCAGUGUAAGUUCUUGUCUAUCGGCAUGCAUGUAUGAAAGAGCCACCUCCAAGCCACCAGUGUUGCAGUAAGCCAGUAAAUUGUGCUGCCUUUUUUCUUUGGCCAUGUUUUUACUUUCAAACGUCUUUCCAGCAGCUAAGUACUGAUGAACGCUGUUCAGUUACCUGCCACGGUGAGCUAGUGGUUAUGGUGCUUGUCUGCUGACUUAAAGGUUGUGGAAUCGAAUUCCGGGCGUGGUGGCUGCAUUUUGAUACUGGCAAAAUGUUAGAGGCCCUUGUGCUCAGAUUUAGGCUCACGUUUAAAAACCCUAGGUGGUCGAAAUUUCCAAAGCCCUCCACUACGGCGUAUCUCAUAAUCGUAUUGUUUUGGGACGUAAGACGCUAGCAAUUGUUAUUAACGCUGUUCAGUUUAGACAAAAACCACUCUGCUGCUACUACAACAUCGUGAUGCUG